CCAGCAAACCCCGCGCCCCCGGACUGCGAAGGGCGGAGCGGCAAUAUGGCGGCGCCGGGAGCUGGUGACCCCCUUAAUGCGAAGAGUGGAGAGGCCCCUCUGGCCCAGCGCAUUGACCCGACUCGGGAGAAGCUGACUCCUGCGCAGCUACAGUUCAUGCGGCAGGCGCAGCUCGCCCAGUGGCAGAAGACUCUGCCGCAGCGGCGGACCCGGAACAUCGUGACCGGCCUGAGCAUCGGGGCCCUCGUGUUAGCUAUUUAUGGUUACACCUUCUACUCAGUGUCCCAGGAGCGGUUCCUAGAUGAGCUGGAGGAUGAGGCCAAAGCUGCUCGAGCCCGAGCUGCGGCAAGGGCAUCAGGCUCCUGAUCCAGAUGGGCAUUGCACAUUAACCUGCUGGAGCCCCUUCACAUGAUGGAUGAUGCCCAUGACCUGUAGAAGCUGAAGCCUGCUCACAGCACUGCUGGCCACCUUAUUAACCUUGGACAAUGAUCAGCCCCAAGAAGCCAGGGCCAUCGUCAAAGUAACAUUGCCCACCUCACACUCACUGUUUGUGGUAGUUGAACCCUUCCUAUA